UGAUAAUCUCAAAGGAUGUGCCAAUAAACUGGAAAAUUAUUUUGACACUGUGAGGGCCAGAUAUUCAGCCUCUAUCUGUAUCCACCCAACAUGGGUUUGUCAAGACACUCCACCGUCCCUUCAGGCCUCUCUACAGGAGGGACAAAAGAUGAGAGGGACUAUUAUGAUAUCCUGGGUGUUUCCCAAGGUGUCUCCCAGAAUGACAUUAAGAUGGCGUACAGAAUGAAGUUGAAGAAAUGGCAUCCUGAUAAAAACCCAGAUAACAAAAAAGAAGCAGAGGAGAAGUCUAAAGAGAUCGUGGAAGCAUACAAAGUACUGUCAAACAGUGUGUCUUCUGACAACGUGAAGCACAAGAGCAACACAAGAAAAGAGAAACCCCAUACCAAGCCUGAUAAACAAAGUUCUCAAGAUGGCAAGGCCAGUUCAGCAAAUGGCAAAAGCUCCUGUUCUGAAUAUGACGAUUCAUCCUUUGAGUCCGAUAGUGAGUUGUCAUGUUCAGAGGAAAAUACUAGCUCUGAAUCUGAAGAGUCAUCUAGUGAGUCAAGCUCUGAGCCCAGCAAGUCAACAACGGAGCCUAGUCAACUCAAUUCCGAGUCAGAUUCUUGGUCCAGUGAGGAAACCUUAGAGCCCAACAAAUCCCGUCCUUUACAUGUAUGCAGCAAGUCUCCUGAAACCUGUCAGGCAGAAGAAAACGAACCACCUCCAAAUAUAAAGGAUUUCCCAGCCACACGUAGUAGAAAUAGAUUUCAGACCAGAGGAAAAUAUCUACCAGCUGUGAAAAGUGAAUUGCAUAUUAAGAGCAGAAAGUCUAGUAAAGAUCGCUUUCUGCAGAACAGUGGCGAAUUCCGCAGGAAGAGGAAGGAGCAAACUGGGAGGAACGAGUGCCAGGCAGAGCGAACCAAACAACAGACUGAAAAUUGGGAGUGUCAGAUGAGGAGGCCAAAACUUCCAAAGUUAAAAACCAAGCCACACAAUGGUGAGGGGAAUCUCCCUAUGGAAAAGAAGGAACCGCAGGCAAGGAAGAGUGAGCAACACACCAAGAAACACCUUGAGAAAGUAAAGACUCAAGGUGAGAGGCAAAUCAAGAAAUCCCAAGCAAAGAAAGGCAGAUUUCAUCAAGGGCGGGAGCCUGACUUUGGACCCCAGUGGCUGAUAGAACAGAAAGAACGAGUUAACAAACACGAGUCAGGUACUGCACGCCUGAAGUACACGAGGAAGAAAGCGGCUUCCCCACCUCAAAGAAAAGAAACUUCUGCUCAGGGGUCAGAGCUGCAGUCAACAAAGAAUGAGCCAAAAAUUGGAGACACAAGGUCUUGCGAAGUAAGUAAGUUGCAGGCUGGGAGAAAGAAGUUGCAUGUCGGGAAGAACACGGUGAAUGUCCAAAAGAAGCCACUGAAUACUGAGAGAAGCAAAAUGGAUGUCUCAAAAAAUGGAUUGCAUGCAACGAAAACCUCUGUAGAUGCCCAGAAGAAGGAACUGUGUCCGAUGAAGACCAAGAUGAAUAUCCAAAAAAUUGAGUUGCAUGAUGCAAGAGGACAUAAAACAGUCUCUCAGCCUAAGGAAAUAGCCACAGAGAGCAACAUGCCAGCUUAUACUUGGAAGGUACCAGCCACCGUCUGGCUUGGACCAGCAGAAGAUACAGCAAAAUUGCUCUUUGGUGGAACAACGGAAAUCUCUGGUGGCCAAGCCCCUCUGCCAGGUAAACUGAGACCCAAUGGGCCACAACCGCCCUUGAAUGGAAACCAGCUGGCAAAUAUCCAGGCUUGGAAUAGAAUUAAUCAAUUACAUUUAAGGAAGAAUUUGCUUCCACAUAUUGAUGCCCCAGCUCAGAAUGGAAAGACCUGGCCACCUCCAUAUAUAACUACUCACCAUGAAAUGUUUAAACCAGAUGCCUUAUUUUCAUGUCCAAGAUGCUCCCAGUGCUGGUGCAAGUUUUUAAACCAUAGUCCAUGAAAACAGGCCCAAGUGCUGAAUACCAUCAGAAAUGUUUUGAAGUACUGAAAUUAUCCAAUAAAAAGGGGGUCAGUCUGGAACCCCAAUUCUGUUUCUGGUGUCU